AUGUCUCCUCCGCUACCAGGCGCAGCUCCCGCUCCUGCCACCUCUUCACAACCUUUUGAUCCGCGCAGCCUCUACUCUUCCUUUUCGCCAUCCAACGCCAAAAAAAUCGCCAGUGCCCCGCCUACUGCAGCAUCCACAUCCAACGGCUCUCCUGUCGCCAUCGCUGUCAAGCGCGAGUCUAGCGUCAACGACGAUGCAGCCGAAGACAGUUCGCCCGGCGCGUCGUCCGCAGCAGCCAAGAAAAAGCCGUCGAAAAGGCGCAAGGUGAACCUGGCGUGCAUCUACUGUCGACGUUCACACAUGACGUGCGAUGAAGGCAGACCGUGUCAACGAUGUAUCAAGAGGGACAUUGGACAUCUGUGUCACGACGAGGCUACACCGGCUAAGGCGCUUCACGAUGGUAAGGACGAGUCGAGUGCCAAUGCGACGCCGUCGAAACCUGCCAAGACGCGAACAUCAGCAGCUGCUGCAACACCAAAGCAUCAAGCUCAUUCCUCCAAUCCUACGUCUUCAGCAACAGCUGCUCCGCCAUCAGCUUCAGCAGCCGAAUCGCGAAACGCUUCUACGCCGACCACAACCGACCUCUUCCCCACACUGGGCUUGGCAGGUUCCACAGCAGCCAACAACACGCCAUAUGCCAGUUCCUCUGCAGUCCCUUAUUCGUCCUUGAACAACAAUGCUACAGGAGCAGACUUUAACGCUGCUCACGUCUUCAAACCCCAAGCAACAGCGGGAGCAGCCAUGCAACCCUCCUCGUCUUCCUCGGGAGCUGCAACAGGAAUGCUUUCGCUCGCAUCGCUCUUCAACAAUGAUACCAACAACAACGCCAACGCCAGUGCCGUCUCCGCUGCUCAGCCGGCGCAGCCUUUCGCCGCACCCAACAGUCAGCAACAGCAAGGCGCAGCUGGCGAAUUGACCGGAUUGGGCGGUGCAGGAUGGUUAGGGCUUGGCGGUGGUCCUGGAGGGUAUGAGGGCGGAGGAAGUGGGUUUGGCGGCGACUCGGCGGGCGGGAAUGAGUUUACGCUGUUGAGCGAGUUUCUGGAGAGCCUGGACGGGCCUGGAUUCGGAGCGGGUGCGACGCCGGGCAUGUCCGGGACGAGUGCGACGAUGGCAGGUACCGGAUCCGGUAGCGGAUUCACGCCAUCGCAGAGCCGGAGGAAUACAAUCUCGGGGAUCGCUGGGUUGGAAGGGUUGACGGCGCUGACCGCGAUCAACGGCGGUAGUAGCAAUGCUGUAUUGCCAUCAACAGCUGCAGGUGCUGGCGCGGGAUCGAUCUACAACGCUGCUUCUGCAGUCAACGCUUUCGGCUCCGGGAUCAUCAACCUCGGUAACAGCAGUAACAACGCAAGCGAACCAGGGCCCGGGAAGCGGUCUCGACGAUCGUCAUUCUCGGCCGCCCCUACUGCGACUGGUACCGUCAUUGGCACUGGUACUGGGCCUGGACCGGGACCUGGUGGUGGCUAUGGUGGUGGCUCAUCCGCCAGCUCAUCAUCGAAUCUGGCAUCUGGUUCGUAUCUGCCCUCGCUACAAGGCGGAUCGACGAAACAGGAGCGGUUCUUCCUGACCGCUGCUGAUCAGAAGGACGGAACACGCGACGAGCGACUGGCGCGCGUCAUUCAGGCCAAGUACGAAGCUGGCCUCCUCCGACCGUACAACCAUGUGAACGGGUAUGCGCGGCUGAACCGGUGGAUGGAGCGCAACGUGUCGGCUGCGUCGAAACGACGGAUUCUGAAACCGCUCUCGGUGUUCCGCCCUGCUUUCCGCGCGGUUGCACAGUCACUCACUACGAUCGAUCUGGUGUUUAUCGAAGAGGCAUUCGAACGGUUGCUGUUGGACUACGACCGCGUUUUCAGCACGCAGGGCAUUCCGGCGUGCCUGUGGAGAAGGACAGGUGAGAUCUACAAGGGCAACAAGGAGUUUGCCGAACUUGUAGGCGUCCCCAUCGAGAGUCUGCGCGAAGGUAGGCUGUGCAUCUACGAACUCAUGGCAGAAGAAAGCGCGGUCAACUACUGGGAAAAGUAUGGAGCGGUCAGUUUUGAUCCUGGCCAGAAGGCGGUUUUGACAAGCUGCGUUUUGCGGACCAAGAACAAGAGCAUUGUAGCAACGAGCGGCAAGGAGGGCGCAAAGAGGAGUGCUAGUGCCAGUGGGCAGAUUACGCCCGUGACGGGCGAGACGAGGCGCAAGGAGCACGGCGUUGCGGCCGGAACCGGUGCUACUAGCACCAGUGGCGUAUUGAAGGAUCCCAAUAAUCCCAAAGCCGCAUUUAUACACUGCUGCUUUUCCUUCACGAUCAGGCGCGAUCAGUGGAACAUCCCACAUAUGAUCGUCGGUAACUUUCUGCCCACCAAUCCAACGUAG